UUCCGCUCUACCGCAAUCCAUCAUCCUACUGUGCAGUACCGAUAUCUAUGGCACCCGAGAGCGCUCCUGCCGUAGGGCAAGUGUCAGGCCCCGGCAAUAUACACCUCACCAGUGAGGAAAUCAACAUUCUCAUCUAUCUUUACUUGCUCGAGUCCAACUUCAAGCACACAGCUUUCACCCUUCUCUCCGAGUCUGCACUUCCUUCGACAUCGCUUUUCCAACAGUUCAACCCCGGAUAUCCUACCCCUCCCUCUCAGCGAGCCGCAUCGAGUUUAUCUGGUAACAACAGUCGUACAAACGGCGUCACUCGAGCAUCGGGAUCGGAGCUCUUCGGUGCCCCUCAUGGAAAGGUUCCUCGAGGAGAACUGGUUCGCAAACUCUGGAAAGCGUUGCGAUGGGAGGAGAUUGAGCGUCAUACCGCAACCGAGACGGAAUCAUCUGCGCCACCUUGCCACUCGCCCUUCCAGCUCCUAGUUCCUCACAUCUGCUCUCCGGAAGGAGCGACACCCGCACCAGCUGUGUCGUCGCCGCCCCCACAACGCCCAGAUACAUUUCCUACUCAACAAUGUCACGACGCCGCUCAGGGCGACCUCGGCGGCAACUCGCCCACUACAGCUCGUGACAUGGAUGUCAUGUCACCCCUUGCAAUUGGUAAAGGCAAAAGGAAAAGUGCAGAGACAAACACUCCCUCUGUCGAAGGGGGGGUUGCAACUCCAGCAUCGAAGAGGAUCCGGGAUGAUGAUCGCAGGAAAUCAAAAACAGAUGACACCAAGGAUAUCAGACCCGUAUCGAGAGUUGCAAAGCCCAGUGGAAUCGCAGGACUGCCCGCAAGCGAAGGCAAUUCCUGGACGGAGCACCGAGAUGCUGUGACAUGCCUCGCUUGGAACCCCAAGGACAAGGAGGUCUUAGUGACCGGCAGCAACGAUGGAACGGCGCGACGGUGGCACUUCAUGGAGGCAUCGGACCCCUCCAGCCAUGCCCUCCAGCUCCAGCAAAAACCCACAUCCAUUAGUCACAAGGCGAUCGAUAGCUCAAAGAAGGCGGUCACCGCAUUGGCCUGGCAUCCGGACGGGACCGUGUUUGUCACAGCUUCGGAUGGAGUCGGACGCCUCUUCACUCCCUCUGGGCAGCUCCAAGGUAUUUUGAGCUACGGUCGCGGAACCAUCAACUCUCUCAAGUUCAACCCAUCAGGCAACUCCUUGCUGGCAGCCAAGGAUGACUUCACAGUCUGUCUCUUCCUGCUCAACUUUGACUUGCAAUCCCCCAAACAGCUGAGUUUUGAGUCCCACUCCAAAGAGGUCAACGACGUGGACUGGCUGGACGACGAUGUUUUCGCGUCUGGCGGGAACGAUCAUACAAUCUUCAUCUAUCGAUCAAACGACCGCCGCCCUCGAUUCACGCUCAAAGGCCAUUCCGAUGAUGUGACGCGGGUUAAAUGGUCACCUCCCCGUCGCGCUGAGGGCGACCAACAGCGCCUCCUCGCUUCCGUUUCCGACGAUGGAACAAUCAUGAUCUGGAAGCUUCCCCAUUACCCUGCUGAUCGCGGUACCGCCAGCAGAUCUCUCUCGCCCAGCAAGCAACCCCGAGAGAAGGAAUCAUCAGUUGACGAUUUCUUUCAGAUGACAGUUUUGCAGGGCAACGAGUAUUGCGUCAACCGGCUUCAAGUGGUCAGCAGUAACACCGAAAACAAGCGCAUGAGUACAGUGGAGUGGGGUCCCUCUUGUAGAGACGGUCGGAUGAUCAUCGCAGCGUGCGCUCCCACGUUUGCCGUCGCUGACAACAGUGGUGGUCAAGACUCCACAGUGAAGCUGUUCGACGCCAGUACCGGCGAGUGUCUCCACACCUUGCUCGGCCUGGAGCACGGUACUGGCUCCAUCGCUUUCUCUCCGUCGACCAGCUUGGCCCGCCCUGGAGGUGUGCUUGCUGGUGGUGGAUGGAACGGGAAAGCCAUCCUCUGGGACGUGGAGACAGGCGAAGUUCUCAAGCAGUAUGAAAUUGAGGAGGAUGUAGAGCGCCAGAGCACGCGCGACAGGCCAAUGAUGAUGGCUAUGGCAUGGCGCCACGAUGGCCAGCAACUGGCUGUAGGGUUACACAACAAAUCACUCAUGACUGCGUAUGUAGGACCACUCCUGUAG